UAAAGCCUGUUCUCCCACCUCCACAACUGCCCUUCUCGCCCUGCCAGGCUGCAGAACGACGCCCACGCUUCACUCCAGCCCUUGGCACAGGGCAGAGAAAUGGCUGCAGCGGAGCCAGUUCAGGGGCCGGUGAGCUUCCAGGAAGUGGCUGUGUAUUUCACCGCGGGGCAGGGGGCUCUGCUGGACCCCGCUCAGAGAGCCCUCUACAGAGACGUCAUGCAGGAGAACUAUGAGAACGUGACCUCGCUGGGGUGUCCAGUUUCCAAACCUGAUGUGAACUCCCAGCUGGAACGAGGGGAGGAGCCGUGGGUCCCGGAUCUCCAGGGCUGUGAGGAAGGAGAGAUCCCCAGAGGUGCCUGCGCAGGUGCUGGGAUGGUGAGUGAGGAGAAGAAGCAGAAUCCUCAGCAGGAAGAUUCUGAGCAAGUGGCACCACCUGGGGGAUUAUCGCACGGCUCCAGAGGGAAUGUGUCCCGGCAUCGUGUGCAGGGCAAAGCCUGUGGGAGUCAGCACAGGCCAGAGAGGGAGCAGAGAAACCAGCCAGCGGAGAAAGUGGGUAACUCCAUUAAUUGUCAGGGAACUCACCAGGACCUCCUGGAAACCACAGCCCAGCCGAGAAUACCCACAGGAGAGAGAAAAAACACAUGCACUGAGUGUGGAAAACAUUUCACUAACCACUCAGUCCUUUUAAAACAUCAGAGAAUCCACACAGGAGAGAGAGCCCAUGAAUGCAGUGAGUGCGAGAAAACCUUCACUCUGAGCUCUACCCUUAGUAACCAUCAGAGGAUCCACACAGGGGAGAAACCCUAUGAAUGCUGUGAGUGCGGGAAAAGCUUCACUGUCAGCUCAGACCUUAUUGGACAUCAGAAUAUCCACAAGGGAAAGAUACCUCAUCAGUGCUCUGAGUGUGGAAAAAUGUUCACACAGAGUUCAGCUCCUAUUACACAUCAGAGGAUCCACACUGGAGUGAGACCCUAUGAGUGCCAUGAAUGCGGGGAAAAAUUCACUGUCAAGAAAGCCCUCAAUACACAUCAGAGGAUCCACACGGGAGAGCGCCCCUAUGAGUGCUGUGAGUGUGAGAAACUGUUCAGGCAGAAAUCAACCCUAAUUACACAUCAGGCAAGGCAUACAGGAGAGAGACCCUAUCAGUGCUGUGAGUGCGGGAAAGGCUUCAGUGUGAGCUCAGACCUCAUUGUACAUCAGAGAAUUCACACGGGAGAGAGACCUUAUAGAUGCUGUGAAUGCGGGAAAAGUUUCACUCAGGGCCCACACCUUACAAGACAUCAGGGUGUUCACAGGACCGCGAAGCAGCGUAGAAAUGUUGUGUAG